GGUCAGGCACGAUGGGAUUCCAAAGUGAGAGAAAAGCGGAUCAAUAAAAUACUGUAGUUUUGCGCAUGACGGAAUUUAUUUUACAAAUUUCGGAAGGUUAUGAGAAGAAGUAUCAAUGCUAGAGAAAACCGUGUUGCAUCGAAUGCGGUAAGUAAACAACGUUACACAUUCAGUUAUACGCGAAACAAUGUUCGAGGGUGCCAUAGCGGCCUUCUUGAAUCGGCUUCUGGGGAAGUAUGUUGAAGACUUGGACACCGAACAGUUUAAUGUCGGUAUAUUUUCUGGCGAUACUUGUCUCACCGAUCUUAAACUGAAACCCGAAGCUUUGUAUCAGCUUGGUUUACCGAUCAAGGUAGAAGUAGGACUUAUAGGGAAGAUUGUUUUAAAAAUACCAUGGGCUGGACUAUUUUCUCAACCGAUUGUACUUUGUCUAGAGGAUAUAUACAUAGUAGCUGUACCUGCUACAUACGGUACGUAUGAUCCAGAAAUACAGAAAAAGUUAAUCAGGGCAGAGAAGAGAAAAAUUUUGGAAGAUUUAAAGGAAGAUGAAACCUAUACGACAGAAUUAUUUGAUAAUUUGUUGAAAUCAGUGACAAAGAAUUUUCAAAUCACUAUAAAUAAUGUACAUAUUAGAUACGAAGAAGAGAUAAACGAAUCUCUAUGCGCUUGUGGUAUUUGUAUUCAAAGCGUAUCUAUAAUGACUACGAAUAGCAAAUGGAAACCUGGCAUUUGUACGAGCAAUUUAAGCACAAUUUAUCAACUGGUCAGAGCAGAAUCUUUGAGCAUAUAUAUGGAUAAUAAUACAGAAUCUGCUUUUACAAACAACGGGUGCGACUGGGAUAUAUCUGCUAUUUUUGCAUGGAAAAGUACAAUGCAUAAAGCCUUGCAAACAUUCGGUAUGAGAAACAAAGAGUUUCAAUUCCUUCUAAAACCUUUUACUGCAAAAAUAAAAGUAAUCAUAUACAAAGGAAAUGAAACGCAAACAUCUCGUAUGUUGGUUGAUAUUGUUCUUCACGAUGUUGCAAUGCAAAUUUCCGAAAUGCAGUAUAUUACUUUCUGUCAUCUCUAUGACUCGUUACUACGUACAAAUAUUAAAAAACAAUAUAUGAAAUAUCGUCCUAAUGAAAUUAUAAAGAAAAAUCCAUCAGCUUGGUGGAAGUAUGCCUACAAUUCUAUUUUGGACUAUAACGUGAAACCUUAUACCUGGAAAAAAAUUGUUGAACAUAGAAAAAAUUACAGAAGGUACAAAGAAGCGUGUCUACAGAGUUUACUUAAGCCAAAUGAUACAGAACUGAAGCUGGAUUUGCAAAAAUACGAAGAUUCUUUAACAAUGUUUAACAUAGUAAUAGCUAGAGAACAUGCUAGACAAGAAUUGAAAAAUAGAAUGAUUAAAGAAAAACAUCAAGGCGUGAAUAACGGUGGUCUAUCGCUAAAUAGUAUGAAGAAUAGUACAUCUUUAAGUCAAGAGGAAGUACAAAAUAUAGAAAUAAAGAAUGAGGCAACUCAAGGGCAGGAAACGAAGAUAUCUUCCGAUGAUAUUAGUAACAGUUCAGAAAAACAAAUCAAAAUAGAAAAGCUGCUACAACCAAUUGAUUACAAGUUGAAUUUUACAUUAGCAAAUUCUUGUUUAAGUCUUUUAAAAAAUGACAAAGAAAUUCUUGUUGUAACUAUAACACAAUUCUUAACAAGUAUUGAGAUACGACCUGCAUUGUCUGCUUUUAAAAUAUCUACACGGGCCGAGAGUUUUGUAAUUGAAGGUGUCUCUCUGGAAGGUGAUCUAGUGCCCUUAAUUACUGUCGAUAAUGUUUUAACAGGAAAUGUAUCAACAAAUUUUUUGGCAAUAGAUUUUGAGAAAAAUGGCGAAAAUAUAGAUCCAACUUUUGAUGUGUCUAUAAGCCUAGAAGCUAUUGAAGUGACUUAUUAUCAUCAUGCUAUGAUGGAAAUUAUUCGAUUUUUCAAACUUAGCGAUACAAACGUUCAAACAACUAUUUUGUGGGUGUACGAGUUGUGUAAUUACAUGAAGAAGAAUCUCUUGGUUCUGGUAGAAAAUAUAAUAUCUCAGACGCUACGGAUCAGUUUUAAAAUAGAUAUUAAAGGACCGUAUAUUGUAUUUCCCGAACAUGGAUCAAUGCAAAGAGAUGGAAACAUUCUUCUGGUUGAUUUUGGCAAUGUGAACCUGUCUAAUGAACUUCAAAAUACAAACUUACAACUUGAAGAUGCCACACUUAUGGAAUUAGAGGAAUUACUUUAUGAUAGAAUCCAUAUUGUAUUUUCAGGAGCACAGAUAUUAUUUUGUCACUCUGGGGAUGAUUGGAGGUCAGUCAGAAAGAUGAAGGAUUCCGAAUAUCAUUUUGUACCGAAAAUACAAGCAAAUACAACAAUUUCGUAUAGUGUUAAACCUGAAUAUCAUCAGCUACCACGGACUAAAGUAAAUGUUUCUAUUUCAUGUAUUAAAUUCAAUUUAUCGGAAAACAAGAUACAACAGAGUGUUCACUUUUUAAAUCUCUUGUUGUUGAUGUAUCAGAAGAAUGUCAAGAAAUGUGAGGAGGACUUAACGCAACACGUCCCAAAGAACAGAUUAAAUAAACUUUUCGUAUCGAUAAAACAACUUAGAAAUGUGCAAGGCACUAUAUGCCUGCCGUCGAUUGAUAGAUCCAAAAACAAAUUUACAACUGUUACUAAGGAAUUUUGGACGGCUAACGUACAAAAACUCGAUAGUAUUGUAUCCUCUGAAGUCAGUGAAGAAGAUUUGGAAUUACUAUCAAAGACUAUCAGUUUAUCUGGAUUCGACGACAGUGUAUCUCCGUGUAAUCAUAUCAAUAUUUUGUUAAGAUUCGCUAUUGGAGAGUUAUCGAUUCACUUGGCAAGUAUGAAUUGUGGAAGAGAAGAGCCUUAUUUACAUCUUAGAUUACAUGCAUUAUAUCUUGAAACUGCAAUAAUGCAAUAUGGAUCUGCUAUCCAGUUUGGUGUAGGAUCUGUUUUGUUGGUAGACAAAACAAAUGCAGGAGUAACUGGAUCAUAUUUAGAAUUAAUAUCUACCGAAGAACCUUAUGAAGUUCUUGUAGUAUCAUUUCGUAAGGUCAAAUCAAAUUGUCCUGAUUUUAAGUCUCACUUCAAAAGUAUCGAACGAUCUCUUGUUAUAAACAUACUUAACGUCAAUAUAAAUCUUCACAGACCUGCGCUACUAAAAAUAAGAGACCAUUGGUAUAGUUUAUUCGGGUACGUACUGUCUGAUUUGUUACAUCUCGGUGAGAAACUAUUUGUAGAAAAUAAUGAAAAAUAUCUCUCCAGCAUUUUUGAAAACAAUAAUCUUUUCAAUGUUCUGAAAAACUUAUGCCAGAGUAUCGUACAAUGGAAAGUAAAGGAAAAUGAUCCACCUAUUCCUCCAGGUGCUAUUAAAUUGAAUUAUUCUGCAAGGCUUAACGCCCUCGUCAUUAGAUUUUGUGACAGAGAUUUGGAUUUAAUGGAAAUACAGAUCCUGGGACUAGAAAAUGAUUGCAUUUACAAUGCUAAUGAAAGAAUGGUUUUACGUGCACAUCUUACACAUUUAUCUGUUGAAGAUAUGACCGAAGAUACACUUUAUUCAAAAUUACUGAUAACGGAGGAGGAUAAAGUUCUUGAUUUAAAAUAUGUGAGACACAUGCCAAAACUGUAUAAAUGUUCCGAUAUCGAUACGAAUGGAGAUGAUGUGAUGUCGGAUGGAACAUUUAAGUUUUCUAUCGGGAGAAUCAGUUGUGUACUUAUUUAUAAAGUAUUGCACGAUUUAAAGUAUUUUUUAACACCAUUUACUUCCACAUAUUGCUUGAGCAUAAAAAAUUACUUAACCGAUAAACUUAUGAGCGGUAUCGAGGAAUUUAAAAGAACCGCAACGAAGUUACAUGUUUUCAUCGACAUUCAAGGCCCUAUAUUUCUUUUACCUCAACAAAAAGAUGUGCCAACUCUUCUAGUAUUAAAUACAGGUGUAUUAUCGGUCGAAAAUUUUUUCAAAAGAAACGAUCAGUUCAAUCAAAGUAUUAAGGUAGCCGGCAACGAUGCAAAUCAGUUAAUAAUUGAUAACAUUUUAGUAAAGCUGAACAAUGUAACUAUAUCCAGAGCAAUUAUGACGCUCAAUCAAGACUUGGAAAUUCAAGAACCGAUCGUUGAGCCUGUUCAUAUUCAUUUUGAUAUUAAAAGAAAAGCAGAGUAUCGUAGCGCAAUGGAGUUUCAAACGUAUGGUCUAUUCAAUUUACAAGGUUCUAUGGAUUUUGUAAACAUUAAUCUAAGCCAAAGAGACCUAAAGUCUAGUAUAUUAGUGUGGAAAGAUAACAUUUCGAAAAUUAUACUAUUUAAAAAUGCAUAUGAAAAUCAAGUACAGUCUACAAUGGAAGAUCAGUUGAAGAAAGCCGAGGUAGAAGAUGUGAUGGUGAAGAAAUUAGAAGAUUUUCUUACGCACAAUGAAAAUACAGUGUGCGAAGUUAAUAUGAAACUAACAUUAGAAGGAUUGCAAUUGAAUUUAUUUUUAGAUUCAGAAGAGGUACUGAGUUCACCGGUUCGUGAUCUGAAUCAUGGUUUAUGCAGAUUAACGUUCGGAGAAAUAAUCAAUACGUACGGAUUUUAUAGCGACAAAAGUCUAAAGAUGAAAUUCUCUCUUCAGAGUUGUGUUUUACAAGAUACCCGAAAGGAAUCACAAAUUAUAAGAAAAAUAAUUCAAUCACCAGCAAGAUUAAUCGGAGUGCAACCUGAAUCCUACAUAUGUAUUUCUAUGUCACCGAUUGUUGAUAUUACGUUUACUUGUGGGCCACAGGGUGAAAAAUGUUUUGAUGCACUUAUUCAAGAAUUUAGAGUGAAUUUGUCUGUUCCAUUCGUGAUGCAUCUUACUCGAUACAUAAUGGAUUCCUUUCCAGCAGAUCAGAUUGACAAAGGAAUUGUCAAUCACGGAUACGAGAAUAACAAUUCAACGAUAAGCAGGGAUAAUAUCACUGCAGAAAGAAAGAAAUUAAAAUACGCACAAUAUUUUAAAGAAGAACCAGAUGCUUCGAUAUCUGUGAGGAUACAUAAACCCGAGAUUUUAAUUUUUGGAGAUUUGAAAGCAACCAACGCGCAUGUAAUUCUAUUGCAAGCUGAAAUAUCUAUUGAAAGUAGCAGACACAGUUGUUCAUCAUCCAUUGUAUGUACACUUACUGACAUACGAGCCAAAUCAAGGAGACAAGGAAAUUAUUCCCGUUAUACUCCGUACUGGUUACUGUGUCCUUGCGAUAUAGAAAUUUGUCGAAAAGAAGAACCACCCGAAUUUAACGUCGAUUAUACUGUCACUGUGAACAAAAUUAAUGUUCAUCUCUCUGCAGAAAUAAUACAUGCAUUUAUCAAUAUACUGAGCGAAGCCACAAAUUUAAUGAAUAGCGUUAACUUGAGAUUGGAAGAUAAAUCUUUCAAUCAUGAUUAUUCUAAUGCGCACAUUAAUCUAUGGACACCUGUAAAAAUUUCCAAUGUUCCGUAUAAGAAACUGAACGAUGAUGAUUCACAUUUAAAUGACGAAUGCAACGAUAGAGUGGUAACGAUUAAUCUAAAGCCAUUAGUAAUUUGUUUAUUACUGGAAAUUGAAUAUCUGACAGAAAGACUUCCUGUUAUACAAAUGCACAGCAUAGUUACAGCUUCUAUUAACGAUUGGUUUAACGAUUUUAAUUUUGAAUCUAGUAUAAAGCUUCAUGCACUCUGUUAUAACGUGGAUUAUAAAAGUUGGGAACCCUUAAUUGAUUUUUGUUCAGAAGACGAUACAACCUGUAGACCAUGGGAAUUAAUGAUAAAAAUCCGUCAUGGCGAAGCUUUUAUGAUAAAUUCAAACUGGACUGAUUCGCAUCAGCAUAUAAAGCAAGACGCGUUGAAAGUUAAAAAGAGAAGCGCUAAGAGUACCGAUCAGGAUGUUACAGAUAUGGUUUUUAUAAGCCCAGAUCAUUUAACAGUACCAAAAUCAAACGAGACAGAUCUAUAUUCAACGUACGAAGAAGACUCUGACACGGAUGACGAUGAAGGUCAGAAAAAAUUAGUAAAAACUUCCAAUUACUUGUUUAACAGUAACAGUAGCGAAGAGGAAGAUAGCGAUAGCGAGAAUUCCAGCACAAACGAAGACGAGGGAUUAGAGUUAACACCGGAAUGUAACGUAGACUCCUUUGGACCCGUUGGUCGUGAAUCAAUUAAAUCAAACGAUGUGGCGGUCUACAUUACCGUAUCAACAGAGGAUAAACUGAAUAUUGUGAUUACUUCGAAUUUAAUUGCCGUAAUGGAUAUUAUUGUAAAUGCAUUUCAACAAGCUGCUAGUGGAAUACCGAUAAUACCUGCUCCUAUGAGAAAAUUAAAUCUUCAAAACCAUAUCGGUCAUGAAAGUCGACUAGAACUUCUUGUUUCAGAAGAAGAAGAUAAGAAAAGCGUAACCCGUGUCAUCGUCAGUCAAGAUUACCAUGAUAUUAAUUCACCAGCAAGUGUUCCAAGCAGUCCAGAAGUGGAAACUCAAUCACGUGUUGCUAGCCCCCAGUGGGGUGAUAAUGAAAUUGAUUUUGCUGAUCCAGACGUAAAUUCAGAAAAUUAUUCAGUGCCAAUGGAAGAAAUAUUUCAGGAUGACUCCACCAUUGAUAUAUACAAGACAAUCACCGGAGAAGUGUUACAUGUCAUUUUUAAAGGAUUUGACGAUGUAUUAGUAUAUUGUCCAAAAAGACAAGGUUGCAAUCUGAUUCCACUUCGACCUAUCAGACACGAAGUUCGCUAUCAUUUAGUUAUAGAAGCUACGAUAAACAAUUAUUUGCAUCGUACAAUUACUGUACGAUCUCCCUUACAGUUUCGAAACGAAACAUCAUAUGCAUUGGGUCUUUACUAUAAAAAAUCAUUACUAGAUAAAUUGGGGCUAACGUGUAUCGGUGAACCUACAAAUCCCUUUGACGACAACAUUAGAAUGACAAUAAUUGAACCUGAUUCUACUUACAGUGUUCCCUUAUACAUAGCUUAUCACUUUCCUAUACAUAUAUUGCCUGCUUAUUUAGAAAAGUAUCAGGUCAGCGAAGAAGGGAUUUAUUGGAAAGAACAAAGCGCAACAAUGAAUGUUAUUAAAGACAUAUGUUGUAAAACAAAAGCUGAUGAAAGUAAUUCUGUAUUUUGUGUUAAAGUCUCUUGUAACGAAGUCUCGUUAAUUACAAGACCGAGCUGCCAAGUACCAAGUUACUUGAUAAGCAUUCAUUCUCCCCUUAUUUUGAACAAUCAGCUACCAUUUGUUAUAGACGUUCAUAUACCUGCUAUUAAUUAUGAAGUAAAAAUUGAGCCAGGAGAAAGAAUAAACAUGCAUUCUUUAAAUUGUAAUACCGAUAUCCAAUUUGUUUUUAAGAUUCAAAAUUAUUUGGGUAUUUAUUGGACCGGAAUGGUUAAACUGAACACGAAUUUAGAAAGAAAAUUUGUUGCGAUGAAUGCAGAUAGCGAGGUUGAUUCGGCAAAAUCUUUUUUAUUGUGUAUAGAACUGUGUAAAGUUAAAAGUUGGCACGUUGUUAUUCAGUCACAAUACUGGAUGAUAAACAAGUCUGGAUUACCUUUGUUCAUUCAGGAAUGUUAUACUCAUAUAAUUAACGAGAUACCAGAAGAAGAAUUGAUGAUAUUUUCUCAAAAGAACAAUAAGAAAAGCAUGGUUAGAUUAAGAGCCCAUCAAUCCGAAUGGUCUUUGCCAUUUGGACUAGAAGGAAUUACCUCAAUGUCUUUAAUUGUAUGCAAAGAUACAGAACGAGGAAGAAAAUACAGAAUCUUAACAGAGAUUGAAAGUUCUCGUUUAUCUCCUAAUUUCACAAAAAUUAUAACGUUUCUUCCUUAUUUUUACAUUAGCAACAAAACAAAAAGAAACUUGAGAUUUAUGGAAGAAAACGAUCAAGCGGAUUUAUGGAACGAUCUUUUACCCGGACAAAUUAUGCCAUUUUGGCCGGUUACAGAAUCAAUGAAGAUGAAAAUAAAAUGGAGAAAUAGUCAAUUGGUGUCUCAGCAUUUCAACGUUACACGCGUAGGAAAGACUGUAUUGAGAAUGGACAAUGGUUCAGCAAUCACCGUACAAAUCAAAGGUGGCAUCACUUCUCCGUAUUAUGUAACAUUUCAAAAAUAUGUGACUGGUGAUAUACCCAUAAGAAUAGACAAUUUUUGUGACAAUUUAUUUUUGAAAAUUAGUCAAUGUAAUUUAGGACAGGUAGCUUUGAUAAAUCCAUUUCAAAGUCUCCUGUACACAUGGGAUGACCCUACUAAGACUAGGGAACUCAUUUGGAAUGUAUAUAACAAUAAAAAACCUGGAUACAAUGCAAAAUUUGAAAAGGAUGGAUACGGACAAGAACUUAUACCACUUGUGAUUGUGGAAAAAUGUAGCGGUGGAUCGUUUAAUGCAUGUACGGUUAAACCAGUUAAUAAUAAAUUAAUGUGGCUGGAAUCGAAACCUGAGAGUAUUAAUAGGGAGAAUAAUAAUUGUGACGAUAACGACGACGACGAUGACGACGACGACAACAAUGACGAUAACGAUGACGAUGAUAAUGAUAAAUCAUCGACAGAUAAAACAAUUGUUUAUUGGGUGAGUUACAUGGAAGUGAACCAACGAGUAUUACUAUUUACUCAACACGAAACGCUAUUCUUAAAAGCAAAAAGUAUCAUUGAUCCAGAAGCUAGUAAAAAGGAAAUAUUUCUAUCCUUUGCUGGUAUUGGCAUCAGUAUUGUAACAAAAUCUAAUGAAAUUCUGAAAGAAUUAAUAUAUGGAAACAUAACAGAUUCAGCAGCUCAUUGGGAGCUUUAUUUUGACAGAAAAUGGAAGAGUUUAUCGUUAGAAUUGAGUGCAUGGCUAGAAUGCAAAUAUGUACAUUCUUGUAAAAAAGCACAGUUAGAGAAUUUUAUUGAUGUUGAUCUUGUAAAAAUGCAUAUGACUAAACCGUUCUUUGGAAAACUAAGAAGAACCUAUUCUCCAGGAAUUUGGUUACACUGCAGGAAAUCUAUGUCAUUGACCCAUUUGCAGGGUUACAUACAUAAAAUACAGGUGGAUGAUCAAGUUCGUAAUACUACCUUUCCAGUGAUUUUAUAUUCUAAUUUGCAAAAAAGUAUCAUCAAUUAUGCAGGAAGUCAUAGAUUGAAGCAUUGCGUAGAAUUUGCAUAUUUGAAACAGAGAAAGUUAAAUUAUGAUGUUUACAAGGGUGUUUGCCUUAUAAUUAGAGAAUUUAAUUUAAAUCUACAAGAAGGCUUACUACUUUCUCUGAUCAAUUUGAUACCAAAAAAACCGGAAACUAAAUAUUCUAUCGCCGUGAAAUUAAGAAAGGAUGUUUCAAAUAUUCAUGUUUUACCUUUCAGCAAAAGUAACGGUACAACUGUUAAGAGAAAAAAUAUAAUAGAACAUAUAUAUAUUUCUCCGAUCAUGAUACGUUUAACAUUGUUAGCCGAUACAGAAAGACCUAAUAUUUAUAAUAUUAGCGAUAUAGCAGAUUAUAAGAAUGUCGUUAGAUUUAUUUUUGAAUAUUCUGAAAAGGGAGGAUUUGAGAAAUAUACUGAACUACGACUUCCUUGCUAUCAACAAAAUUUCAUCACCGUUGAAAAUGAAGAACUUGUAUUAGAUUUAUCACGAUCUUAUAUGACACAGAUUAUGCAGCAAUUUCAUGUUUUAAUACGUUCGACUACCGUCUUAGGAAAUCAAUGUGGUUAUAACUUUAAAUCGCCAGGAGACAACUUUUAUGAAUCUAAUAUGCUGAUUUUGUGCGGAGAUGAAAUAGCAGAGAAAUUGAGUCAAGAAAUAACAUGCCAGCUAGGGUACAAUACACCAGACACUACUACGCAAACUUCAAUCUUUAAUUUCGACAUCGAACCACGUGUAAUGCAAUCGAAAGCAAAAGAGCCAUGUUUUCAAAACAAAGAUAUACCUCCUUUCUCGCUAUAUAGCUCAUUUUCUACAGAACUAGAAUUAGAAACAUUCAGCAUAGUGGCUGCAUUUAGAAGUAGUAUUCAUCAAGAAGAAUUAAAGUACUUGUUCAAAACUUUGGGAAAGAAAACGUCAAUAUUUUUUAACAAUGAAAGUUCCUCUUUAAAGGCUUACUCAAAAGUAAUAGCAGAUAUUAUAAAAAGGGCACAAGAAAUAGGUCAUAAGUUUAUAUCUCGGAUCCGCCUAGCACGCUACGUGAAUCCGUAUAAGGGAGUUGAAGUAUUUUCAAUGCAUAAAGCUAAAGGAAUGCAUCUCUUAAGUAUGGUAAACAAGAAUCCUGGAAUCGAUACAGAAAUAUAUUGGGCACAUACUGCUCUUUCUGACGAUGGUAAACAUAUAGCUCUAGUUUCGUUGCAGCGACUGUAUUUCAUUGAGAGAGGAUGUACAUGGGGAUCUCUGAAUGUAAAGUGGACCUUAGAUACCCAUCAAUUACUAUCACCACCUACGGUGGUUAAUAACAAGCUUAUUUUCCAUGUGAAUAAGAACGACGGUACUUUGUCACCCAUAAUGGAUUGGUACUUGGAAAGCGAUGCAGCAGACAUUCUGGAGUGGCUGUGCCAGAAAAUAAAUAUAGCCAUGAUCUUGAACAUGGAGAACAGUAUUUGUUCAAAGCAAGUUGUAUAA